AAUCUAAGACAAAAAGAAAUAUUUUAUGAAAAUGGCAACACGUUAUUUACGUUUUUAAAGCAUCUUAACUUUGAUUAUGGACUACRAACAAGAGCAGGAAGAAGAACGCGAAGUCCUUCUUUCUAUUUACGAAGAGGAUGAAAGAUUUACAAAGAUUGACGAGAAAACAUUUCAGUACAAGUUUGGAGAAGAUGGUCAUUUYAAGUCAUUUGUGUUAGAAAUCAAAUGGACCUCACAAUACCCCGAGAAUGCCCCAAAUGUAAAUCUGGACGCUUUUUAUAACAAGCAUAUUAUUCAUGAAGUCAAAGAAUCUAUUAUAUCUAAGUUAAUGGAACAAUGUGAGAUGAAUCUGGGUUGUGCUGUGACUUACACACUGUUCGAUUGGACGAACGAACACUUCGACGAACUGACAGAAAAUCAGACUGAAGCAUUUCAGCAGCAAUCAGAAGCUGCAAGUGCCUGCAAAGAUGUCAAACAGCAGGAUAGUGCUGAAAGUACCAAAAAAGAAAAGAAAGAAAAACUGACAAAACAGCAAAAAAGAAAGCAAGCAAAUAGACUUAAUGCCAAAGGAGAACUUGAAAGAGGUUGGAACUGGGUYGAUGUUGUUAGACACCUUAGUAAAACAGCUUCUACAUAAAUGGAUUUUUAUCAAUGUUGAGACGUGCAAAAUGCGAGAGUUAUAAUUAAGGAAUUAUUCAUAAUUAAAAAGAUCAUUCAUAAUAA